ACCUCUUCUACUAAACACUGUCUAGACUCUUUUGUCUGAGACACCUUAAAAGAUUGAGUCACUGCCUUAUCGGCCAGGCCCAGACAACAAGACUGUCGACACAAGAGGAGAGAAGAAGAACAAGCCUACAAUAAAUGGCUAUGCAACCUGCCCUACAUAUUGGCCCUCCCAUGGACUUUGGCGGUCUCCCUGGAGCCGGGUAUCCUCAGCCAGGGGGUCCAGGGUCAGUCCAGUCUCAGAGCUCCUCUUCCAGCAGUCUAGGAGGAGGGACCUCCAUUGAAACUUGUACCAGCAUAGUCCACUCCUUGAUGUGCCACAGACAAGGAGGGGAGAGUGAGCAGUUUGCUAAAAGAGCAGUAGAGUCGUUGGUUAAGAAAUUAAAAGACAAAAGAGAUGAGUUGGAAUCAUUAGUGACAGCCAUUACCACCAACGGGGCUAGACCAUCAAAGUGUGUGACAAUACCAAGAACUCUUGAUGGAAGACUUCAAGUGGCUGGUCGUAAAGGGUUUCCUCAUGUGAUAUAUGCUAAGAUUUGGCGUUGGCCUGACCUACACAAGAAUGAGUUGAGACACGCCCAGUUCUGUCAGUACGCCUUUGACCUCAAGUGUGAGAGUGUCUGUGUGAACCCGUACCACUAUGAAAGGGUUGUCUCUCAGGGUCCAAGUUCUUCAGAUAUUGUUGGUUCUAAUGUUGUUCAUCACAUCACCUCUCCACCUUUAUUACUAAACCAGGAAUCAAUGGAGGAAUCACCUGGUCCAGAUGCUCAGUCCCAAUCAGGAGGUGGUGGAUAUAUGAAUACACAGGACAUGAUGGCAGCUGCUGCUAGUCAGCAACAGGAAUACAUGGAUACUCAACUCUCUCAUGUCCAGGCUUUAAGAGGGUUAGGUGGAUGGGGUCUGCCUGGGGCUUCCCCGUACAAUUCAAUGACCAAUCAGAUUGACCCAGCACUCCAAAUGAACCAACCUCCGCAAUAUUAUAAUCCUGGUAGUUAUGUCCCUCCAGUUCCACAAGCAGUAGCCCCUCCCCCUGCCCCGCCUACUAGUAAUUCUGUUACUAAUAAUAGCUAUACCCCAUCACCGUUACUGAAACUACCUCAUACCAUGACUCCUGAUUUUUGGUGUAAGAUAUCAUAUUAUGAAAUGGAUGCUCCAGUGGGUGAGUGCUUCAAGGUCCCCGCUAGUCUGACCUCAGUCUCAGUGGACGGGUUUGUUGAUCCUUCAGGAGGUGACAGGUUCUGCCUCGGGCGUUUAUCCAAUGUCCACAGAACAGAAGCUAGUGAAAGGGCCAGGCUCCAUAUUGGGAAAGGUAUAAUUAUUGAGGAGAAGAAUGAGACUGAGGUUUGGAUCAGGUGUGUCAGUGAGCAUUCGGUCUUUGUUCAGUCCUAUUAUCUCGACUAUCAAGCUGGACGAGCACUAGGAGACGCUGUCCAUAAGAUAUACCCUAAAGCUUAUAUAAAGGUGUUUGAUUUGCGCCAUUGUUAUGAGGAGAUGCAGAAACAAGCUCAUGAAGCUUGUCUUGCAGUAGCCAACCAAACAGCAGCAGUAAGAGGUGGUUCCUUACCAACAGCAAGGAUAGAUCCUAAUCUGGCAAGAAGUAUUGGUGUUGAUGACUUAAGACGAUUAUGCAUCUUAAGACUGAGUUUUGUGAAAGGUUGGGGCCCAGACUACAGGAGACAGAGCAUCAAAGAGACUCCGUGUUGGGUUGAGAUUCAUCUAAACCGUGCCCUCCAGCUCCUGGACUCUGUCCUAACCCAACUACCCUCUGAGUCACAAAUACAGGAUUCAGUCGUUGGACAGAAUCCUCAGUUCUCGUCUUAAUUGACUCCGCCCUCUCUCUUUAUUAAUUAUGAAUAAUGUAUUGAGUUAGACUUACUAAUGUCAUUAUGUCCUGUUCUAUUAAUAGUAACAGUGUCUAUUAAUAGUAACGUAUUAAUCGUUAUAUUAUUAAUUCACGUCAGCAACUCAUCUAUUAUCUUUCUAUUAUUAUAAUUUUUGUUAUUGAUUUUUUUCUGGAAAUAAAAUGAA